CGAACAGUCAAACUCGGAGCGCUAGGUAGAGUGCCUAGGAGUGCUAACCUACCUAAGCUGAGGUAGACCUUAUGACGGGGCUUAGGGGUCCCAUGUGAUCUUCUCCACAGUGGGUGAGCUGAGCUGAGCUGUGAACGUCACCCUACCUUAUCUUAUCGCACCUCAACACCAGCCACUACCUUCGUGCCUAUGUUCAUAUCGCAACUCAAAACCUCCAACACUAACAAUAGCUCUCAUUCUCUCCACGCAUCAUCCACCUCCCUUCUAUUUCCACAGAAUGACAUAGCGCAUCAUGUCUGAGUACGGGCGCAUGGACCCGUUCUCCUUUGCGGGUUCCAAGGAUGUCCACCAUCCUGUGACCAUUCGCAUAAUGAACCUUGAGGGCGACGAACCUCCCUUCAAGUACUCAACUCUUCUCGAGCGACCCGACUUGCGCCACGUUGGCUCUAACAUUAGAGCUGUUAGCCCAUACUCUGACCUUUAUGUCACAGUCCAGAUUUGGGCUGGAUCAAAACCCUUGACUGUCCCUGUUCAGACCGCCUAUAAACCUUUUCGAUCCGAGCGAAAAUGGAAUGAGUGGCUACAGUUGCCUAUCACAUACGACUCCUUACCAGCAAACUCAUGUUUGGCUAUAACAGUAUGGGAUUUAUCACCGACUGGAGGUAAAGGGGCAAUAGGCCAUGCUAUUCCGUUUGGCGGUACGACGCUGCCCAUGUUUGACGAGGACAACCAAGUACAGAAGGGAAGACAAAAGUGUCUUAUUCACCGAUACCAGAAUGCAGACGGUACCGAUAGCUCAACAACACCCGCACUGGUUUCGACGAAAAAGAAACCAACGCGAAAAGGGCAAGUCCCUCCACUAGAUAAGGAUGCAGAGGAGUUAGAACGAAUGGAGACCUUGUUCAAGAAACACGAGAUGGGCGAGAUACCUCGGGUUGACUGGCUGGAUCAGAUGGUCUUUCGAAGCUUUGAGAAACGAGGCCUACAAGCUGCCAAAUCGUCAAUGAAAAUGCUCCAGAGACAACGAGCUAUCAACGGGGAGAACGAUCCAGACAAUCAAGAUGGUGAAAACAAGGAUGGACGUCCUGGACAGUCGACAUUCUUACUGAACGUGGAGUUACCACGUUUCGAUUUUCCUGUCGUCUUCGCUGACCACGAAUACGAUCCGCCCCCGAUUUCAGCUCUCCAGAACCUGUCGGUUUCGCAGGCAAGCCUCGCAAAUCGUCAGCCAGAGGUUCAUUACGGCCCAGGCAUCAAUGCCGUGGGUGAGAGCUCUUCGGCACCAGGGAGACGGCUUAUCAAAGUUUAUGAUCCUGAAGCUGGAUACAGGGACAACCCUGCAGAGGCCAAGCAUCGAAGACUAUUCAGAAGCUCGUAUAGGCACGGCAUCAUCGAUAAGAACUUGAAACCGAAUGCCAAGGUUCGAGAUGAACUAAAUCUCAUCAUGUCAUAUUCUCCAACUCAUGUCCUCACCCCAGAGGAGGCAGAUCUGGUAUGGAAGUUCCGUUAUCAUCUGACCAGAGACAAGAGGGCUUUGACAAAGUUUGUCAAAUCUGUCAAUUGGAGAGAUCAGGGUGAAGCGAGACAAGCUAUUCAAGUUCUCAGUCGCUGGACUGCGAUUGAUGUUGACGAUGCGCUCGAGCUCCUCGGGCCAUCCUUCGAUAACUCUGCUGUGCGGUCAUAUGCCGUAGACAGAUUGCGAAAAGCUGACGACCAGGAACUCCUGCUUUAUCUUCUUCAACUUGUUCAAGCGCUCAAGUAUGAGCACAUAUCAGCAGAUUCAGACGAGGAAAGUAGCCACGAUUCAUCCCUGGCCCGUUUCUUGAUCCAGCGUGCAGCAGCCAACUUUCUACUCGGCAACUAUUUCCACUGGUAUCUUAUGGUUGAAUGCGAUGACGCCAGCCCUGAGCAAGGUAUUGAUAACCGCAACAUCUACCGCAAGGUCGCAUACGACUUCAUGGCCGAGCUUGUCAAACAGCCUGAUGGCCAGGAAACGCGCAAGACUCUUUUGCGACAAGCAGAGUUGGUUGCCAUUCUCUCAAGGAUUGCUCAAGAGGUCAAAACCUCGAAUGAAUCAAUUCCAAAGAAGGUCGACCGAGUUAAGCACUUUCUGGCCGAUCCCAAGAACGAGUUGUUAUCAUUCGAUCCGCCUUUACCAAUGCCACUUGACCCUUCAGUCUUGAUUACGAGCAUCAUACCAGAUCAAACAGUCGUCUUCAAGUCUUCACUCAACCCGUUCAAGUGCACCUUCAAGACAACAACCGGGAGCUCAUAUGCCAUUAUCUUCAAGCUGGGUGAUGAUCUUAGACAGGAUCAGCUUGUUAUCCAGAUCAUCACUCUUAUGGAUCAACUGCUGCAGAAAGAGAACCUUGAUCUCAAGCUGUCACCCUACAAGAUCUUGGCGACGAGUACUUCUGCGGGCGCUUCGCAGUUUGUACAAUCUCAAAGCUUGUCAAGUAUCGCCGGCAAAUUCAAAAACAACCCAGCUUUGGCCUACCUCAAGAACCACAACCCGGAUGACAAUCAACCCCUUGGAGUCCGACAAGAAACCUUAGACACAUAUGUUAGGUCUUGUGCAGGAUACUGUGUCAUCACUUAUAUCCUCGGCGUUGGCGAUCGUCACCUGGAAAAUCUGCUUCUUGCACCUGACGGCCACUUCUUCCAUGCCGACUUCGGCUACAUUCUUGGCAGAGAUCCCAAGCCUUUUGCGCCUCUGAUGAAGCUGUCCAAGGAGAUGGUGGAUUGCAUGGGUGGCGUGAACUCAGAGUAUUACAAGCAGUUCAAACAGUACUGCUUCCUUGCGUUCACGGCACUACGCAAAAACUCAAAUCUUAUUCUCAAUCUCUUUAGUCUCAUGGUCGAUGCCAAUAUCCCUGAUAUCCGACUUGAGCCUGAUAAGGCAGUGCUCAAGGUCCGAGACCGUUUCCACUUGGAGUUGAGUGAAGAAGAGGCACUGAGUCACUUUGACCGGAUCAUUGAGGAAGCCCAAACAUCUUACGCUCCUGUUGUCAUUGACAAGCUGCAUGAGUGGGCACAGGCUUUCAGGGCAUAG